AUGAUAGAGACGAACUUCGCCUUCGUUUUGCCGGCAGCGGCUCUCUUGUGCUUCCUUCUGCGGGAAGUCUGGAAACAGCAUAUACACUUGCAGUCCCUCAGAAGUAGCGCUAGAGAGACCUGUUUCCGGACCCGGCUCGAUUCACUGAGGUCUCGUAGAGGUCAAAAUGAAGCCGUCGACGUUCUGCUGAACCUUAUCGAGCAAGAUGGUGCCGGUCAGUGGCCACCGCUUGUUGUAUAUGACGAUUGGCCGUCAGCUCUCCAGCCAUAUAAAGACAUAUACCACGAGGUGGUGCCACAACUUUCUUCUUCUAGUCCACUUCUUGAUGAUGAUACUCUCAUGGCCCGUCGUGAGUCGUUUCGGUCUCACAUGCGUGAGCUUUUGAAAGAGCGGAUAGAUUUGCUCGAGGUGGAAAGGCUGUUGAACGCGGCCGAAGCCGGCAACUGGACGAGCCUCCGCCGUGAGCAGCUGAAUGGUGUUUAUUGUGCGGUUGCUGUUUUAAGACAUGCGUACAGAUGGGCAACCAUCCCCGUCGUAAAAAUCGCACAAGCCGAGACCGUGAUAGACUUUCCCGUCGAACUUGAUAGUGCUUGGGCCCCGCUUCAACGACAUUUUGGCUGCGCCGCAGAAAGCGGAAACAAUACGGCAAAUGUAUUGUAUAACUUCACCCCUGAUGGCAACCGGGUGUUUAAGAUCAACAUUGGCCAGUCAGAUGAGAUUGUAUCGUCCGAAGAGGCAUUCUUCCGCAUGUUCUACGACAUUGAAGCCUUGGCGCGUAUUGUCUAUAUUGACAUGGUUGAGGCGAUUGUGGCAUUUGAGGAGAACCGAAAAGCAGACUCUCUGCGACGCCUCCAACAACUCAAACCCAAGUUGGACAAGAUCUAUCAACUUUUCUAUGACGGCCUGGUUGAUGCCAAGGUAUCCCGUAAAGUUUGGCUGAGCUACUGCCAAGGCUUUCAGGGUUGGGGUGUUGGCCGGGUUAUCGAUGGCCGCCAUGUCAAGUAUGACGGUCUAUCAGGAAACCAUGUUCUCAUCUUUCAAGCAAUCGAUGCUUUCUUUGGCAUGGAACGCUAUCUUAUCGACGAGAACAUGACCCGCUACAUCCCGGUCCGCCAGCGCGAGUUUACGAGCGUCUUGAGGCGGCACUCUAUCCGCGCCCAGAUUGAAAAAGGGGAAGAUGAAGAGAUUCGGGCGGAGAUAGGCAAGCUUGUGCAGGCCAUGAGAGUCUUCCGCGCGGCACACAGGACACGAGUAAUCCCAUACCUGAAGCAGCCAGCGCCAGAGAGACUAAUAAUGACGGCGGGCAAAUCCGUUUUGGAGAACGAGGACACAAACGGACUUGCAGACGCCUUGGCCCCGCUGAACAAGAUGAUGACGACUAGACUGCAGGAGACUGUCUAG